AUUAAAAAACCCGAAGCCUCUCUACUUAAAGUGAGAAAUAUUUAGAAACCCCCUUUCUCCCGCAGCCUCUUCUACACUCCAGUCUCCAGCUCUCUUCGCUCAACUACAAGAAAAUUGGUUGCUGUGUUUGAGUGCUCCUACCAUAUUCAUUCUCGACGCUUGCUGAGAUGGCGGUAGAAAAUCUUUUCAAAGAUGAGGCCACAGAGGAGAAGGGAGAGCGUGCCCGAAUGGCCUCUUUUAUUGGAGCCAUGGCUAUAGCUGACUUGGUUAAGACAACCUUGGGACCUAAGGGAAUGGACAAAAUUUUGCAAUCCACUGGCAGAGGCCAUGGUGUCACGGUGACAAAUGAUGGGGCCACCAUCUUAAAGUCCCUACACAUUGACAACCCUGCGGCUAAAGUCCUUGUUGAUAUCUCAAAAGUACAAGAUGAUGAAGUUGGUGAUGGUACAACUUCAGUUGUUGUUUUAGCUGGGGAGCUCUUGAGGGAAGCAGAGAAGCUUGUCAAUUCCAAAAUUCAUCCAAUGACCAUUAUUUCAGGGUACCGUAUGGCUGCUGAAUGUGCAUUAAAUGCUUUGAUCGAGAAGGUUGUAGAUAAUAAAUCGGAUGCAGACAAAUUUAAGUCCGACUUAAUGAAGAUUGCAAUGACUACUUUGAGUUCCAAAAUUCUCUCUCAGGACAAAGAACAUUUUGCCAAACUGGCUGUUGAUGCAGUUAUGAGGCUGAAGGGUAGUACGAAUUUGGAAUCCAUUCAAAUCAUAAAGAAGCCUGGAGGGUCGCUAAAAGAUUCCUUUUUGGAUGAAGGAUUUAUUUUGGACAAAAAAAUUGGUGUUGGCCAACCAAAACGUAUUGAGAAUGCAAAGAUUUUGGUGGCAAAUACGGCAAUGGAUACAGAUAAAGUGAAAAUUUAUGGGGCACGUGUACGAGUUGAUUCGAUGGCUAAGGUCGCUGAGAUUGAAGGGGCUGAAAAGGAAAAGAUGAGGGAGAAGGUGCAAAAGAUUAUAAAUCAUGGGAUAAACUGCUUCGUUAAUCGCCAGCUGAUCUACAAUUUUCCAGAGGAAUUAUUUGCUGAUGCUGGAGUACUUGCAAUAGAGCAUGCUGAUUUUGAUGGUAUUGAGCGGUUGGCACUUGUUACUGGUGGUGAUAUUGCAUCAACUUUCGAUAAUCCAGAGUCAGUUAAGCUUGGGCAAUGCAAGCUCAUUGAAGAAAUUAUGAUUGGCGAGGACCGGUUGAUUCACUUUUCUGGUGUUGAAAUGGGCCAGGCAUGUACAAUUGUAUUGAGAGGUGCAAGCCCUCAUAUGUUGGAUGAAGCUGAAAGAUCUCUGCAUGAUGCCUUGUGCGUUCUAUCACAGACGGUAAUUGACAGCAGGGUGUUGCUUGGAGGUGGAUGGCCUGAGAUGGUAAUGGCAAAAGCAGUUGAUGAACUUGCUAGGCGAACUCCGGGAAAGAGGUCUCAUGCCAUUGAAGCUUUUUCAAGGGCGCUUGUGGCCAUUCCAACUAUCAUUGCUGACAACGCUGGCUUGGACAGUGCUGAGUUAGUUGCUCAACUCCGAGCAGAGCACCACAAGGAAGGGACCAAUGCUGGGAUUGACGUCAUCUCUGGAUCUGUCGGAGAUAUGGCUGAGAGAGGGAUAUGUGAGGCAUUCAAAGUGAAGCAUGCUGUUUUGCUUUCAGCAACCGAAGCUGCUGAGAUGAUCCUAAGGGUUGACGAAAUCAUCACCUGUGCACCACGAAGAAGAGAAGACAGGAUGUGAAGAUAAUGUGCGCAGUUGUCUCUUGAUGUGUUAGGGUGGUUUCAGCAAAGUUCAAAUAUCAGGGGGACGUGCAGUUUUGUUCACCGAAACAUUAUUUUUGCUUGUGCUUUUGGGAUUAUUCUCUUCUUUUUUUUUUCAUUUAACUAGGGCAUGUCGAAUUAUUUUUUUCUAAUUUCUUCGACUUUGUGUGUGUGAAAACUAUUAUAUGAUGGUCUUCAAAAACGUUGUUUUAUAUCAA